AUGUCUAGUGGCUUGCACAACCUGUCAACCGUAUUGAAACGGCUUGAGGCCGUGGCCUCACGACUCGAGGACGUGUACAACGUUUCGCAGACUGCACAAGUUAUACACGAUGAACCCGACCCGAAUGCCCAAGCUCGCGCCGCGGCAGCAGCAGCAGCAGGUCCACCACCAGUGCACCCUCCCCCUCCCCCUGCCCCAGUCGAGCAACCGCUUAGUGUCAUAGCAUUCGAGGCACAGAUUAUGCAAGGAAAGGUCAAGCCGUUCAUAAAGUUAACAGACGCCCUUGCAGUCCCAAGUGUCAUAGAGCAGGCCAAGAAGACCGGAGAUCUGUUCAAUACCUUGAAUGGACUGAUUAAGACUGCCGGCGCUUGCAAGAAGCCUGAUCCAAAUGCGUUUGCAGAGCUUCUUUUGGGUUUUCAGCCCGACAUCGAAUCCAUAACGAAGAUCAAAGACUCCAGCAAAGAGCGGGAUUGGGUCCAUCAUCUGAGCAUGUUAUCUGAAGGUGCUUCGUGUAUCGGCUGGGUCGCUGAGAAUAAACCAGGUCCGUUCGUCAAUGAUAUCAAAGACUCCAGCCAAUUCUACGGAAACCGCAUCAUUCAAAAUUUCAAAGAGAAGGAUCCCAAGCAUGUAGAAUGGGUCAGAGCAUACAUGGAAAUCCUAGAUGAACUGAAGAAAUAUAUCAUGGAACACCAUACCACGGGUCUUGUUUGGAAUGCUAAAGGAAUAACGAUAUCGCAAUAUCAAGCGUCAGCUGGUGGGGGUCCUCCGCCUCCACCACCUCCGCCACCUGCAGUCAUACCCGCGCCCAACUCUGGUGCACCAGCUGGCGGUCACGCAGCACUCUUUGCAGACCUCAGCCGCGGGGAAGAUGUGACGAAGGGUCUGCGGAAGGUCGACAAGAAUGAAAUGACACAUAAGAACCCGGCUUUACGAGGCGGAAGCACUGUGCCUAGCACCCCAGGAACUUCGGCAGUAGCUCCAAAAAAGCCAAUCAAGCCGAGCAAGCCUCACGCUCUUAUGGGUAAGAAACCGUCGAAGUUCGCACUGGAAGGUAGCAAGUGGGUGAUUGAAUACCAAGAGAAUGAGAAGAGCUUGAUCGUGGAAAAUGGCGAGCUGAAUCAGAUAGUGAGCCUGUUCGGGUGCAAGAAUUCGACUAUCGUAAUUAAGGGCAAGGUAAACGCCGUGACGAUUGUGAACUGCACGAAAACAUCUGUCCUCGUCGGCUCGGUCAUUGCGUCCGUGUCCGUAACCAAUUCACCAUCGUUCACGCUUCAGAUCACCGGCUCGGCGCCCACAAUUCAACUGGACUCCACGGAUUCGGGUCAAAUCUACCUCAGCAAAGACUGUUUGGGCGUGGAGAUCACCACGGCGAAGUGCAGCAGCAUCAAUGUCAGUUUACCGGUGGAAGGAGAGGAGGACGGUGUGUUCGAAGAGAAACCUGUCCCUGAGAUGUUGAGGACAUUGAUCCAGGGAGGAAAGUUGGUGACUACGGUUGUUGAACACGUUGGAUGAUCAAGGAGGUAUACAUGACAAUAAGACAUACGCAACGAGCUCAUGCGGAACUAUCUAAUAAUUCGUAUUCUAAUUCUGCAACUUUGGUUACUUGGGGAAAUAUACCUGCAGUCUCGCCUC